GGCGGCGGGCGGGGGUGGGCCAUGGCCCUGCUGCUGUGCCUGGCCUUGACAGCGGCGCUGGCCCGCGGCUGCUUGCACUGCCACGGCAACUUCUCGGAGAAAUUCUCCUUCUACCGCCAUCACGUGAACCUCAAGUCCUGGUGGGUGGGCGACAUCCCCGUGUCGGGCUCGCUGCUCGCUGACUGGAGCCAGGACACAAUGAAGGAGCUGCACCUGGCCAUCCCCGCGGAGAUCACCCGGGAGAAGCUGAACCAAGUGGCGAACGUCGUGUACCAGAGGAUGGAUCAACUGUACCAGGGGAAGAUGUAUUUCCCUGGGUAUUUUCCCAACGAGCUGCGAGCUAUCUUCCGGGAGCAGGUGCACCUCAUCCAGAAUGAAGUCGUCCAUUUCCUCUAA